AUGCAGGCCGUACCCGAGUCACGACAGCAAACCUUUGAGGAGAUCUACGGGCCUCCGGAGAACUUUCUCGAAAUUGAAGUUCGAAACCCCCAAACCCACGGCACAUCACGGAACAUGUAUACGUCCUACGAGAUCGUCUGCCGCACAAACAUCCCCGCAUUCAAGCUGAAGCACUCCGUGGUGCGCCGCCGUUACUCCGACUUUGAGUAUUUCCGCGAUAUCCUCGAGCGCGAGAGCACAAGGGUCACAAUCCCUCCGCUUCCCGGGAAGGUCUUUACAAACCGAUUCAGCGAUGAUGUGAUUGAGCACCGUCGCGAGGGGCUGCAGCGGUUCCUGCAGAUUGUUGCGGGCCAUCCGCUUUUGCAGACGGGGAGCAAGGUGCUUGCUAGCUUUAUACAAGAUCCUAACUGGGAUCGCAAUGCUUGGUAG